GGGGCCCCUGGAGGGGGGCCCCUGGAGGGGGGGGCCCCUGGAGGGGGGCCCCCUGGGGGGGAGGGGGGCCCCCACUUCGUUGGGGCCCUGAUAGACGGAGAGGGGGCAGGGAGUUGCAGCUCGACUGAGGCGAGCCGCUCGAAGGACGCUGAGGCGGAGCUGCAAUCAUCUUGA